AUGAGCAAUUUAGUGUGUAUCCAAGAUUACGAGAAUCAUGCCUACAGUGUUUUGCCCAGAAACGCUUUGGAUUACUACAGAAGUGGUGCUGGUCAGCAGGAGACUCUACUUGAUAACCGAAGAGCUUUCUCUAGAUACAAAAUUCGUCCAAGAUGCCUUCAAGAUGUAUCAAAAAGGGAUCUAAGCACCACCGUGUUGGGACAAAAAGUAUCCAUGCCAAUCGGUAUAGCCCCAACUGCGAUGCAAAGGAUGGCCCAUCCAGAGGGCGAAUGUGCCAAUGUCCGAGCUGCACAGGGUUUAGAAACGGUGUUUACUUUAAGUACCAUUUCAACAAGUAGUAUAGAAGAAGUGGCCCAAGCAGCUCCACGAGCUCUAAAAUGGUUUCAACUCUAUAUUUAUAAAGAUAGACAAUUAACAAAAAACCUCGUCGAAAGAGCUGAAAAAGCUGGUUUUAAAGCUCUUGUUUUAACAGUCGAUGCCCCAUUGUUUGGCUUACGUCUAGCUGAUAUGAGAAAUAAGUUCAGUCUUCCAAGCCAUUUAAGGAUGGCAAAUUUUGAUGGUGAAAAAGCAACAAAAAUAAACAAUUCGCCAGCUAAAUCUUCAGGUUUAAACGAAUACGUUUCUGCACUUUUUGACGCUACUUUGCAAUGGAAGGACAUCGAAUGGCUUAAAAGUAUUACAAAGCUGCCUAUUGUAAUAAAAGGCGUCUUGACUGGAUCAGAUGCCAAAAGAGGAGUUGAAGCCGGAGUGGCUGGAAUUUGGGUCUCCAAUCAUGGUGCCAGACAAGUUGAUGGUACCCCUGCUUCUAUUGAAGCCUUGCCUGAAAUAGUUCAAGCGGUUCAGGGAAAAGCAGAAAUUUACUUGGAUGGUGGUAUAAGAGAUGGUACUGAUGUUUUCAAAGCAAUUGCUAUGGGUGCCCGCAUGGUGUUCAUGGGCAGACCUGCUUUAUGGGGUUUAACUCAGGGAGGUCAGGAAGGCGUUGAAAAUAUUCUAAAAAUUAUUAAGAAUGAAUUUGAACACACUAUGGCUAUAUCAGGUUGUGCUACAAUCGCCGAUAUUGAACCAAACAUGGUUGUACAUGAAUUAUAUUAUUCUAAGCUUUAA